CAUAUUACCUGAAAGGGUUCCCAAUCUGCAGUUGUUCUGCUACUUACUAGUUAGUAUUUGUGGAAAUGUUUUAAUCUCAACGCCGUGAAGAGGCCGGAGAAAGGGGUAUCAUGGCAUUCAAAGCUCUCUGUUUGGGGCUGCUUUGUGCUCUCUUUGCCUUUUGUAUAUAUACCCCCAUACCCAGCAACAUUGAAGAAUACUGGAAAGUAACAGCCAUAGAUAUAUUUGCUAAAACUGGCACAUUUAUGGCUAUAUGUCUUGAGAAUAUAGGUAUCAUAAAAUAUGAAAAGUUUAUUUCCAUGAUACUGAGGCUGGACCACACCCAACCAGUUUCUGAUGAGUAUGUCACAGUGAUGGAUACAGAAUUUGUUGACAUUCCAGUACGUUUGUAUUUGCCAAAGAGAAAGUCAGAAACCCCAAGACGAGCUGUAAUCUAUAUACAUGGUGGUGGUUUUUGUCUUGGAAGUUUCAAGAAUACAGCUUUUGAUGCCCUGAAUAGAUGGACUGCAAAGAAACUCGAUGCUGUCGUUGUCGGAGUGGACCAUAGAUUAGCUCCUCAACACAAAUUUCCGGUUCCAUAUGAAGAUUGCUUCACUGUAGUCAAGUUUUUUCUUCAAGAUGAAAUUCUUACAAAAUAUGGAGUAGAUCCCACCCGAAUCUGUAUUGCAGGAGACAGUUCUGGGGGCAAUUUGGCAGCAGGAGUCAUUCAACAGUCAAAUAUUCAUCAGGAGAAACCUCAGUUCUUAAUAGAGAGGACUUCCAUCUGCCUACAUCCUCCUGUGAAUCACAUGCUACCUCAAGAAAGCAACAAUGUGCAGAAUGACCUUGAAUUUAAACAUAAAGUCAAGAUACAAGCUUUACUUUACCCUUCCUUACAGAUACUUGAUUCUAAUUUGCCAUCUCACCAAGAAAAUGAGCAUGGUAUAAUCCUAACAAGGGACUUAGCCCUAAAAUUUGCGAGUUUGUAUUUCACCGAGGAUGAAACAUUUCCCCAGGCAAUAAGAAGAAAUGAACAUAUGCCUCUGGAAUCCAGACAUCUGUUUAAGUUUGUCAAUUGGAGUACUCUCUUACCCGAGCAGUUUAGAAAGAAUUAUGUUUAUACUGAACCAAUUCUUGGAAGAUACAAUUAUUCAUUGCCAGGACUUAUGGAUAUCAGAGUUUCACCCUUGUUAGCCAAUGAUUCCUGGUUACAGAAUUUGCCACGAACCUAUAUUCUUACUUGCCAAUAUGAUUUUGUGAGGGAUGAUGGACUUAUGUAUGUUUCAAGACUUCGAAAUGUUGGAGUUCAAGUAACUCAUCACCAUAUUGAGAAUGGAAUCCAUGCAGCUUUAUCAUUAAUGACAUCACCACUGUAUUUACAACUAGGUUUCAGGAUAAGAGAUAUGUAUAUUAGUUGGCUGGAUAAGAAUUUGUGAAUACAGUAUGUAUACAAUACAGAUGGCCAUCAGGAAAUGGAUUGUAAUUUGUGAUAUUUGAUAGUUGUAGUGCAAAGAACAAUGUCAUCUGUGUUGUCUGAAUCUAGAUUUAAAUCAGUUAUAACAGUUACUGUAUAUCCUCGAACUGGUUAAUUUUUCUGAUUCACAGAACCUGAAUGUGUAAAAUGCAUUUAAUCCCUUCAUUUAUAGUUGAUUAUAAUUAUGUUGGUCCCAAUAGGGACUGAUCCCUAUUAAAGUUGAGAAAUAAGAAUGGUUACUGGUAAACUGGAGAAUAUAGUUUCCAGGCAGGCACAGAAAUUGCAAUCGUGUAUGGGAAAAUAAAAAGAAAAAAGAAGUUACAAGGUAAUCGUAUUAGUUUCCUGUGGCUGUUGUAACAUAUUACUAUAAAUCUAAUGGCUUAACACAACAGAAAUGUUUUCUCUCAGGAGUUCUGGGGGGUCACAAAAUCAAGGUGUUGGCAAGAGCCACAUUCCUUCUAGAGGCUCUAAAUGGAGCUCUUCACCUCUUUCAUCUCAUGGCUGCCGUUAUUCCUUGGUGUAGUCAGAGAAUAUUAUUUUGGAAAUUAUCAUCUUCAAAUCUUUCUCUGCUCCAUCUUCACAUGGGCUUUUCCUCAGCCUCCUUUUUAGAAAGAUACAUGUGUUUGCAUUUCAGUUCCACCAAAGUAAUCAAGAUAAUAAUCCCAUCUCAAGAUCCUUAAUUUCCAUGUAUAGUAACAUUCACAGGAAUUAGGAUUUAGAUGUCUUUUGGAAGAAAAUUUUUUUUCACAUUUUCAGUCAAAUGUUAUGUUUUAAAAAGGCAACAGAUCAACAUUAUAAUUUAUUAUAAUUCAUUCUAAUCUAAAUAUGUACUCAACAAUGUAGCCCAGCUCAGGAUGGAGUGAACAAGGUUUUCAAAAAACUGUCAUAUAUGUCAUUUAAAAAUACCCAAAUAAGAAAUCACUUCUACAUGCCUCUUGUUGAGUGAAACCGUGAACUAAAACUAAAGAUUUUUUGCUGUGAAAAAAAAGUCUGUAGUAUAGUAGUAUGGCUAUUGGAUAUUAAGUAUAACCAGUUGAAUCAAGUUAAGAAGUUAAAAAUGUAGCAAGAAAUUUUGUGCAUGUCUGUGUAUGUGGUAGGGGUAGUGAAAAUUGACAAGCUAGUUGACCCAAGAGCAACUGAGAUAUCUAACUUGUUCAGUUAAGAACAGACAUUAUAUCCAUCCUACAUUUUUCAGCAGGCAAUUGGGAAUGACAAUUUCAACAGCCUACAAACUCAUACAUAUUUUUCAUACUUUUUUUAAUGUAGAAAGAAAGUAAGUAUGUGCAAAGAACUGUUUUUCUUCAGCUCACUUUCAGCACCUAAAGGAUGGAAAAAUAUCUAAAACUAUCACAAAUGAGAACUUGAAUGUCAUUGGAGUCAGUUAUAUUUCUCCUUUGAGGUUUAUAAAAUCUAUAUGGAAAGUUGAUCUUAUAACAAGUUAUAUUGUCAUAGUUCUGAUUUAAUUUCCUUUAAAUUCUUUUAAAAUAAAUGUUUAAGUUGUUGUAAA